AUGUCGAAAAAGAUCUGCCAUCGGAAUCAGUGUAGACUCAAUCAAAUACUCGAACAAGUGGAAAUUCUUAUAGAUGUAGUGGACGAACUUAGGACGGAGCUGAAUCAUUUAAAGAAGAUAUCCUUCAACAAGGUCUUGAAAAAGGAAACGGAUCAAGAACCAAUUAGAUUUUCAGUGAUAUACGGUAGUUUAAAAUUCUUUAAAAACAAGAUUAUCAAAAAUAUACAAAGUAUUAGAAAAACCGCACAAUCCUUAAAUAGUACUAAGAAUAAAUGUGUAACAAUCAGUCAACAACAGCAAAAAGUGUGUCUUUCACAAGGAAAAAAAAAACGAAAACUUUUAAAAUCUAAUAGAAGAAACGAAUACAUAACUAAAUACUCUGACAUUAGUGAAAAACUGGAUAAUUCGGCAGACACCUUAUUUAUAUUUGACGCUUCUGCACAAGUAGAUACUGUAUGCUCAUCACAAAAAGAUGACAAAAAAUCUCACAAUUGUAAUUUUGCAAGUCGAAACAUGACAGAGAAUAAUGAGCAACAUAGCCCAAUAGCAACGAUAAAUAAUGAUCGAUUUGCGAUUUACUCAAAUAAGUUUGGAGACGAAUUAUCGAAAAAUCGUGCGAAACAUACGUUGUUAAAAAAUAAAAUAGAAAAAUACAGAAGAUGUCCAUGCAAAGAGCAAUGUCCUUAUGCACUAUACAAAUUACCAUGCAAUAAAUACAGAUGCAGCACGCCGGAAAAGAAAGUAAACGAUGAAAUCAGUGGAUUGACACUCGAAUGCUUAAGUUUCGAGGAAAAGAAAGAUUUUCUGAGGUUAAUAAAUGUCGAUGCGGUACGAAAUGACAGAUGUUUCAUGGAUUCUUCGCCUGUUGAAAUUGUAAUGGACGAAUCUUCAACUUCUUCGCUUUCGGUGGAUCUGGAAGUUGAUGUCUGCAACGAUUCAUACGACUUGGAAGACGUCAAUAAAUUUAUUAAACGAAAAAAAACCAGAACAUAUAUUCUAAACAAAAUGAACGUAAAAAAAGAUGAUUUAGUUAAAGAUUUUGCAACUGAGAAUGAACCAUCUUUUAACAUAAUUUCUUCGAAAGAUAUAAGUAAAAUAAAAGAAAAAACUGAUAAAAUAGGAAAAGAAGUAAAACUUUGUCAACAAUUAAGACAUGUAUAUUCUGAAGAAAAUAAUCAAAGAUAUGAAAAAUUUGAAACAGGAGACUUUAUCAAUCACUGGCCAAUAAAAAACAAUAAUAAACAAAUUCAAUGCGUUAUUCCCACAUUAACAACUACAAUAUUUAAUAGGAAAAUAUCCGUAAAAACUUCAACUUCAAAUUUUCAACGAGGAGGUGUCCAAACGUAUCGAACAGCAGACAAGGCGAUACGUAAUACUUUCUCUAAAAUAGUAAUUCCAAGACGGAUGAGAGCGAAUAUACAAAUCCAAAUUGACAAAUGCUCGUGCUUGAAUUGCCAACAAAAUGAAUCGUCAACUUUGGAUGACUAUAUAAAUCGCGGAACAAACGUAAAAGAGACAGAUGAUGCGGUCGAAGGAAAAAAGAUUACAAGAAAAAGAAAUAUCUGUGAUAUUUGCGCCAUCGAAAAGAUAUAUUUAUUCUACACUUCAGACUCAAGAAGACAUCAACAUUCACUCAAAUGAAUCUUUGAACGAAACAUAUGACUCAGCUGAAACACAUGACUCAGCUAGCAAAAUAGGUUGAUGUCUAUGAAAACGUCCUAUCUAUAUUUUUGCAAUAACGUUUCUAAAAAGUUCAAAAAUUGCAUGGUUCAAUCAAGUCUUAUCGAUUAUUAUUCUCCAUCUAAAACAUUGGAUUUUGACAUGAGUAAUGUAUUAUGCAAGCUUUAUGACUAUCUUGAAAAACUCGAGGAUAUUACUUUUUGAUAUCUGUAAUCAUAAUAUUGUUGGACGAUAACAUUAAAAUUAAAGUUUUAAAUAAAAA